GCUGGAGCCGGAGCCGGAGCGGAGAGCUCAGCCGGCGGCGGGCAUGGCGCGGGCCGGGCCGGCGUGGAGGCUGCUGCUGCUGCUGGCGAUCGGGGUGGUUCUGCCCACUUGGCUGUCCUCCGCAAAGGUCUCCUCGCUCAUUGAGAGAAUCUCUGACCCCAAGGACUUGAAGAAACUUCUCAGGACCCGCAAUAAUGUGCUGGUGCUUUAUUCCAAAUCAGAAGCGGCAGCUGAAAAUCAUCUCAGGUUAUUGUCCACCGUGGCCCAGGCAGUGAAGGGUCAAGGCACCAUCUGCUGGGUGGACUGUGGUGACGCAGAGAGUAGAAAAUUGUGCAAGAAGAUGAAAGUCGACCUCAGCCCAAAGGACAAAAAGGUUGAAUUAUUCCAUUACCAGGAUGGUGCAUUUCAUAUGGAAUAUGACCGAGCUGUGACUUUUAAGUCCAUAGUUGCCUUUCUGAAGGACCCUAAAGGGCCCCCGCUGUGGGAGGAAGAUCCUGGAGCCAAAGAUGUUGUUCAUAUUGACAGUGAAAAGGACUUCAGAAGGCUCCUGAAGAAAGAAGACAAGCCACUGCUCAUGAUGUUUUAUGCCCCCUGGUGUAGCAUGUGCAAGAGGAUAAUGCCACAUUUUCAGAAGGCUGCCACCCAACUUCGAGGCCACUUUGUGCUGGCCGGGAUGAACGUCUAUCCCUCGGAGUUUGAGAACAUCAAGGAAGAGUACAGCGUGCGUGGCUACCCCACCAUCUGUUACUUCGAGAAAGGGAGGUUUCUGUUCCAAUAUGACAAUUAUGGCUCCACCGCCGAGGACAUCGUAGAGUGGCUGAAGAAUCCGCAGCCACCACAGCCCCAGGUCCCCGAGACUCCCUGGGCAGAUGAGGGCGGCUCCGUUUAUCACCUGACCGAUGACGACUUUGACCACUUUGUGAAGGAGCACUCCUCUGUCCUCGUCAUGUUCCACGCCCCAUGGUGUGGACACUGUAAAAAAAUGAAGCCAGAGUUUGAAGGCGCAGCAGAAAUCCUCCACGGAGAAGCCGAUAGCUCUGAUGUCCUUGCAGCCGUAGACGCCACUGUCAACAAGGCCCUGGCGGAAAGAUUCCACAUCUCAGAGUUCCCCACGCUGAAGUAUUUCAAGAACGGGGAGAAGCUCGCUGUGCCCGCGCUCAGAACGAAGAAGAAGUUUAUUGAGUGGAUGCAGAACCCCGAAGCACCUCCACCCCCAGAGCCCACGUGGGAAGAACAGCCGACAAGUGUGUUGCAUCUGGCUGGAGACAAUUUCCGGGACACCCUGAAGAAGAAGAAACACACUUUGGUCAUGUUCUAUGCCCCUUGGUGUCCACACUGUAAGAAGGUCAUCCCGCACUUUACUACCACCGCCGAAACCUUCAAAGAUGACCGGAAGAUUGCCUGUGCUGCCGUAGAUUGCGUCAAGGACACAAACCAGGACCUGUGUCAGCAGGAGGCUGUGAAGGCCUACCCCACUUUCCACUAUUACCACUACGGGAAGCUUAUAGAAAAGUAUGACAGCGAUCGCACGGAGGUGGGAUUUACCAACUUCAUCCGAACCCUCCGGGAAGGAGACCUCGAGAGACUGGGAAAAAGGAAAGAGGAGUUGUAAUUCUGCCUCAGAGAGAAACCUUUCCAUGACACUGUGAAUGAUAACCCGUCUUCUUGUUCUUUCUGAAUUUACACGUGUUCUGAAGACAAAAGUUUUUUAUAUGCCACUUAUGGCCUUUUGUACAAUUUUGAAAUAAAAAUGAAACCAUUUGCUCGG